ACGCUAUCUCUACCAAACAUUCUGAUUAACCACAGACAGAACAGAAGAAGCGGAGCCAGAAGAUGUCGUGGCAGACAUACGUCGACGAUCACUUGAUGUGCGAUCUCGGGGACGAACAGCGCCUCACCGCCGCCGCAAUUAUCGGCCAUGACGGUAGCGUCUGGGCUCAGAGCGCAAAUUUCCCUCAGUUGAAGCCUGAGGAAAUCGAAGGCAUCAACAAAGACUUCGCAGAGCCUGGAACACUUGCCCCGACGGGAUUGUUCAUCAAUGGCGCAAAGUACAUGGUAAUCCAAGGAGAGCCAAAUGCUGUGAUUCGAGGAAAGAAGGGAGCUGGUGGUGUUACCAUAAAGAAGACCACCAUGGCUUUAGUCUUUGGUAUCUAUGAGGAACCGGUGACUCCUGGACAGUGCAAUAUGGUUGUGGAGAGGCUCGGUGACUACUUGAUUGAAUCAGGGCUCUGAUCCCCCCAAAGUGAUGCUGUAUUCUUGUCCAUCAUGUUCUCUUCUAGUUGUGUCGUGUGAGGGAAAAAAACUAUUUAUAUAUAUAUAUAUAUGGAAUGUGAUGAUUGAUCAUUUAAAAUAUUAGACUGCCUAUUAGUGAUUGGUUGUGUUGUUCUUAAACUAUAUAUGGUAUUAUCAAAUUCUUAAACUGCA